GGAUUACUAUCUUGUUCACAAGAAUAUCAAUAUCUUGAACACAACCCGUAUGGACCUAUGGACCUUCGGGGGCAUCGCAGUGUUUCCACCUGCAGCCCAGUGAGGAGAAGGGAGGACAGCAGCCGGUGAAUGAGCAUCACAAGGAGACGUCCCGCCUGUCACGGAUAACAGUGACGGUGUUGUUUGCCUUUCUGUUCAGUCUACUGGAAGCGGCUCCGUCUAUGCAGCGUCUGAAUAUCUCCUGGUCGCAGAAAUGAGUGGGAGAGUGGGAGACCUGAGCCCUAAACAGGCAGAAGCACUGGAGCAGUUUCGAGAGAGGAUACAAGAUAUUCUUCCUCAACUUCCUGCGCAGAAUGACCACUUCUUGUUACGUUGGCUGAGAGCGAGAAACUUCAACAUCCAGAAGUCUGAGGCCAUGGUGCGAAAGCAUGUGGAGUUCAGGAAACACAUGAAAGUUGACACAAUUACCACAGAUUGGCGUCCACCAGAGGUGAUAGAGAAGUACCUGUCAGGAGGGAUGUGUGGUUAUGACAGGGAGGGCAGUCCCAUCUGGUAUGAUGUCAUCGGACCCGUAGAUCCCAAAGGCCUCUUCCUGUCUGCAUCGAAGCAGGACUUCAUCAAGUCCAAGAUCAGAGACUGUGAGAUGCUGCGCAAAGAGUGUACCCUCCAGACACAGAAGCUUGGGAGGAACGUGGAGUCAAUCACCAUGAUCUAUGACGUUGAAGGUCUGGGUCUGAAACACUUAUGGAAGCCUGCUAUAGAAACAUAUGGAGAGAUCCUCCAGAUGUUUGAAGAAAACUACCCAGAAGGCUUGAAAAGGCUGUUUGUGAUCAAAGCUCCCAAACUCUUCCCUGUGGCCUACAACCUCAUCAAACACUUCCUGAGUGAGAUUACAAGACAGAAGAUCCAUAUCCUCGGGGCUAACUGGCAGGAGGUUUUACUGAAGUACAUCGAUGCAGAGGAGCUUCCAGUUGUCUACGGCGGCAAACUGACGGACCCUGAUGGAGAUCCUCGCUGUCGGACGAAGAUAAACCACGUUGGCCCAGUUCCCACAACAUACUACGUACGAGACCAUGUGAAGGUGGACUACGAGCAGUGUAUGACCAUCAGUCGAGGAUCCACCCAACAGCUGGACUAUGAGAUCCUGUUCCCAGGCUGCGUUCUCAGAUGGCAGUUUGCCACUGAAAGUGCAGAUAUUGGUUUUGGGGUGUUUAUGAAAGCUAAAAAGGGCGAAUGGAAGAAGGCUGCACAGAUGGAGGAGAUUGUGCCGAGCCAGCGCUACAACUCCCACUUAGUUCCCGAGGACGGAUCACUGACCUGUGAGCGCCCAGGAGUCUAUGUUUUGAGGUUUGACAACACUUACAGCAUCUUCCAGGCCAAAAGAAUCAGCUUCACGGUGGAGGUCCUGCUCCCUGACCACCUACAGACCCCAAAGACCCCAAAGACCCCACAGACCAACGGAGGGGCCGUCAACGAUGUGCAAGCUGAGGCAAACAGCCAAUGAUAUCCAAGAAGAUGAUACAGUGUGCCACUGGAUCGGUAAUGUUUGGCCGCACAAGAAAAAGCACACAUUUAAAUGAACAGGAACUGUUACAUGUUGAAACAUGCUGCCUAUAAGCCAAAGUGAAAUAUACGUAUUGAAUGGAAAUGUUAACUCAAUAUUUGACCCUUUAAUUAUUUUCAGUUAUGCUCAUAUUCAUUUUCAAUUUUGCAUCCAAAAUUUGGUUUGUGUCAAGAUGGUUCCCCAGAUGCUACACUCCCUUUUGCUUUUUUAGUUUUGAAACCCCAGGGGGUUUUUCCCUGUGUGAAGCCAAUUCUUUUAUUUUAGCCCAAACAAGGUUCUUGUCCUAAAAUCAGUACAUUUGGUGCCGAAACUGCAAAAAGCAAACUGUGAUUGUUAAAAGCAUUUACAACAAGUUUAACACCUGGAGAUCACGUGUUAAACUGUAACAUUAUGCAUCUGUGUUUAAGGCCAAAACAGCUUAAUUUAAAUAUUGAGGUCACUUUACCACUGUUGAGGAGUACAACUGCAUACUUGAAAAUAGUUUAGUGAAGUACAAAGCCUGUUGUGGCUGUAGAGGGACCCUCACGGAUUCAGCUGCUCGAAUUGCUGUCACUUGAGUCAGUCAUGCUUUGAAAAAAAGUCUAAGGGAAGUGAGAAGAAGUCUGUAGCUUACUGCACUCUAAAAUCCAAAACAAAUCAGUCUGUGUUCAUGUUGCGUUGUGGGCAAAGUAGGCGCAAGGUUUUUGAAGGAAAAGAACGUCACUGUCAGAUGAGUGAAGUGCUUCAUGAGGGGAGCACUCUAGAAAUCAUCAUCUAUGUGUUGACCAGUUUGAAGCUUUAAAAAUGUUUAUAACUCAAAAUGUUAAAAAAAAAAAAAAGCACCAAAUGAAUCAGGUCAGUGAUACUACAAGUUGCUUACAUGGUAAGUUAGAACUUCAUUCCUAUGAAAUUAGCUGAAGAGAGAAUCUGAGUGAUCGUCUUAAAAAAACAAGCAAAAAAAAAACAAUGAUCAUAGUCUAUAGAUUAAUUUUAUGUCAUAUAUAGUAACCAUGACCGUCUAUGACUAUUCACCAUGAUAUAAAUCAUUCCCAUGACAGUCAAAGUAUUGUACUGUGUCUUACUUAAUGUAUUGUUGUAUUAUUGAUGGUUUUAUUACAGUUUUGAGAAUUUAAAGAAAUGGUGCACAUUUAAUUUGUCGUAGGUUUUGCUUAUCUUUUGAAAACUGUUUACAUUUGUUUCUCAUUGGAUGAACCUCAGGUGUUUGUCUUUCUCCUUUCACAUUCACAGGAAACAUUCCUUUGUAUGUUCAAGCACUUCUAAUUUAUUUCCAAAAGAGUGUGGGGAGAAACAAAAGAUUAUUUAAAUUAGUCAAAUAUUAGAGUCUCUAUAUCAAUAUAUAAGAUAUUCUGUAAUACUAAAUAUUGUUUUUACAGUGGAACAUUCAUGUUUCAAAGUAUAUCUUAAAACUCAUGUUAAAUUAUUGGCAGUGAGUGAAAAUGAAUCUCUCACCAGGCAUGAACUGAAUGUCGAGUGAGGCUGAAUUUUCUCUUUAUUUUCAUAUUCAGAAUGCAAAAACUCUAAGAGAAUUUAAGAGAGACUUGUUGAUGAUGUGAUGAAGGUGUGAUGUUAACAGCAGUAAGAGAAAUGAAUAAAUCUGUUGACAACUCUCAAAA